AUGGCAUACCAGUUCUUCGCAAAGGCGCAUCAGUCGAAAGCGCCGACCUCUCCGCCACUCUCCCCUCCUCCCUCUUCUUCCUCCAACAACAGACACCCCAAACCUCCUAUACACCCUCCAUCGCUGGUUCUCCCUCAUCCAGGGACCUCUACCAGUAUCGCAGACAGGGUCAAACCGCCUACAGGCAAAGACUCAUCUUUCCAUCCCCCCGCAUACCCCCAUCCCAUCGCACCCAGUUACAAAACCCCGCACCCUCAUGUUACCAUCGAAUCCGUGAGCACCGCUCACAUACCCUCUCUCAUCCGGAUCACGGGCUUGCUGCUCCCAAUACGCUACCCAAACUCCUUCUACACCGCGACCAUCACAGACCCCGUGAUCGCGUCGGUGUCACGCGUGGCCAUCUACCAUGAUCACCCGGGAGCCGCGGCGCCAGCCUCCACAUCAUACGCUCCCACAUCCGCGUCCCCGCUAGGAACAAGCACGGGGACAGACAAAGUGAUCGGAGGAAUCAGGUGUCGUCUAGAGCGGCUUCCUCCCACCACCGCAGAACUUCUCCAAACCCAGUCGAAGCCCCAUUCGCAGGAGCCGACAAAUCUCUACAUCCAGACCCUGCAUCUGCUUUCCCCGUAUCGCGGCUGCGGUAUUGCGGCGUCGCUUCUUAACUCAUUACUCUUCUCCUCUGGCCCUUCGUCUUUGUCUUCUGGCGCGCGCUCUACUUACCAGGUCUCGGAACUAGUGAAACACUACAAUGUGCGCACUGUCACGGCACACGUGCAUGAAGCCAAUGAGGAAGGCCUGAAAUGGUACAUCGCGCGCGGCUUCCAGGUGGAGGAGGGCGUUGUUGAGAAUUACUAUCGGCGGUUGAAGCCGUCCGGGGCACGGAUUGUCAAGCUCGUUCUGCAAUGGAAGGACGAUGCCAGUGACAAGGCCGCGGGAGCUGAUGUCCACUCUGCGUCUAGCCAGUCGGGAGAAGAUAGCAGGAAGAGCCCAGAAGAGGAUGAUGAUUGGGAGAAGGUCGAAGCCGAAGACGGAGAAGACAAUGAGGAUCACGGUGUACAAACAUUCACCGACUCUAAGAUCCUUGAGAUUGAUGAUGGCGUGAACAGGAAACGGAAGGCCGACGAUGAACCUCAGCGAGCAUGA